AUGUCAUUUGAGGAGAAAGACCCUAUUCCUUCGGCUGUUGUCGAUGUAGAACACCAGAACUUGUCUAUUGCCAGUGAAGAGGCGGGCUCAGAUGUCCAUCCAAGUUGGAAGAAAAGGAUUCUUAGCUGGGGAGUUGAAGAGCGGGGCAUACUACCUGUCCCUGUUGAGGAACGUACGGAUGUGCAAUUCAGCAAACUUUUUUACGUUUACUUUUCUUCCAACUAUACUAUUCUCACGCUCUCAUUGGGAACAUUGGGACCGGUUGUCUUUCAACUCGGUGUUCGAGAUUCUUGUCUUGUCAUUCUUUUCUUUGGGGCUUUUUGUAGCAUUUUUCCAGCAUAUUAUUCAACAUGGGGUGCAUGUCUAGGAAUGCGACAGAUGACACUUUCUCGAUAUACAUUUGGGUACUACGGAGUGAUUGUACCAAGUAUCCUUAACUUGCUUGGCGUCAUCGGCUUUGCUACAUUAAACUGCAUUGUGGGAGGGCAGGCUCUGGCUAGUGUAACAAACGGGCACCUGAGUUGGACAGUAGGAAUUGUCGUUUUCACAGCGGUAUCUGUUAUUGUAUCGUUCUUUGGAUACAAGUUCCUUCACUGGUUUGAACGAUAUGCGUGGAUACCCGUAGUUAUCACUACGAUCAUCGCAGUAGGCGUAGGCUGGAAACAUCUGGGGAACCCUCCUCCUCCUGUCCCUGUAUCCGCCCCGUCGAUCUUGGGAUUUGCGGGGACUCAGGCAGGCUUCCUUAUAACUUGGUCGGGAUUUGCUGCAGAUUAUGGGAGUUAUCUUCAACCUGAAAAAUCGACGUGGAAAAUCUUUUGGUGGUCUUUCUUUGGAAUCUUCGUGCCUAAUGUCAUAACGCAAUCUAUCGGUGCUGCCUUUGCCGUGGCCGCAACGUCAGUCCCUGCCUGGAGUGAUGGAUUCCAGGGCGGAGGCAACGUAGGUGGACUUAUCGAAGCGGUUUUCCAACCUCUCGGAAACUUUGGAAAGUUUUUAACGGUCAUAAUGAGCCUUUCCGUGGCCCCGAACUUAGUUUCCAUAUUAUAUUCGGCAUCUCUCAACUAUCAAAUAAUUAUUCCCCGGCUCUUCGUGGUUCCUCGCUAUGUCUUCACUAUUCUCACUGCAGCAAUUGUAUUACCCAUCUCCAUCGUUGGUGCCCAUAGGUUUGAUGCCGCAAUCACGAACUUCCUGGGAUUGAUCGGGUAUUGGGCGUCUGUUUACGUUAUUGAGCUCUUCAUUGAACAUAUCUGGUUCCGCUCCAACAAUUUUGACAACUACGACAGGGAAGUGUGGAACAGCCCCAGGCGCCUUCCAUGGGGCUUAGGCGCGCUCGGUGCAGGGUUUCUGUCAUUCGGGUUGAUAAUCCCUUGCAUGAGUCAGGUGUGGUUUACAGGUCCUAUUGCAAAGCAUACAGGGGACCUAGGAUUUGAGAUUGCCCUUGUCAUAAGCGCAAUACUCUACCCUCCAAUUCGGUGGAUUGAAAUCAAACUCAUGGGACACUUGUAA